UUGAGGCAGUGGAUUGCCAAACGGAAACAUGUCUGCGACGUUCGUCAGUGUCCACGACUAUGAGCAGGAAGCGAAACGAAUUCUCCCUAAAGCCGUUUUUGAUUAUUACUUUUCUGGGGCGGACGAACAGGAGACACUGGCCGAUAAUGUAGCUGCGUUUUCCAGGUGGAGGCUGUUUCCUCGAGUGCUGCGGGAUGUCUCCCGGCUGGACCUGUCCGUCUCUGUGCUGGGGCAGCAGCUCAGCAUGCCUGUGUGUGUGGCGGCCACAGCCAUGCAGCGUAUGGCACACCCUGACGGAGAGACCGCCACCAUGAGAGCUUGCAGUUCAGCUGGGACCGGAAUGAUGCUUAGCUCCUGGGCCACAUCCACCAUUGAGGAGGUGGCAGAGGCUGCCCCAGACAGCGUACGCUGGAUGCAGCUGUACAUCUACAAGGACAGGGAUCUGACAUUGUCUCUGGUCCGACGGGCUGAGAAAGCCGGCUACAAGGGCAUCUUUGUCACCGUGGAUACACCUUACCUGGGCCGGCGCCGGAAUGAUGUACGCAACAGAUUCAAACUUCCCAGCCACCUGAGGUUGGCUAACUUCGCAUCCCCUGACCUGGCGUUCUCCUCUAAGGAGGGGUACGGGGACGACAGUGGUCUGGCCGUGUACGUGGCCCAGGCCAUCGACCCCACGCUCCAGUGGGAGCACAUUGCCUGGCUCAAAAGUGUCACCUCACUGCCUGUGGUGCUAAAGGGAGUGAUGAGAGCUGAAGAUGCAGUGGAGGCCCUUAAGUAUGGCGUGGAUGGGAUUCUGGUGUCCAAUCAUGGCGCGCGGCAGCUGGAUUCUGUCCCGGCCACUAUCGAUGUCCUGCCGGAGAUCGUGGAAGCGGUGGGGGGCAGAGUGGAGGUGUUCCUGGAUGGAGGGGUACGCAGGGGGACAGAUGUGCUGAAGGCCCUGGCCCUGGGUGCGACAGCCGUGUUUGUGGGACGCCCUGUCUUGUGGGGACUCGCUUGUGGGGGUGACAAAGGUGUCAGUGACGUCCUGCAGCUGCUACGGGAGGAGCUGCACCUGGCGCUAGCACUAGCAGGCUGUCGCUCCCUGAAAGAAGUAGAUAAAUCACUUGUGAAGAAAUCUGGGUUUUAUUCAAGGAUCUGAGGAGGUGUGGUUUCUGGAUGGAUACAGACCACUGAACAAGGAUUGGAAUUUCUCCGUGGAUCAAAGGAUCCUGUUUACUGCUAUGGAAACUAACACUGAAAAGACACUGUCUGACAGUUAAAAUUUAUAAUAUUCGCACACAUGUGACAGCAUAACAUAACUGUACAGGAAAAGAACAGAAUUGAUCCUUUCCAGAUGAUAUCUAGAAUACAAGAUUGAGUCAAAUUAAUCUGAUAUAUGCAGAAUAGUUUAGUAUAUCAGGUUUUAUAGAUACAUUAAGAUAUGUUUGACUGGAGUCAUCUGUAAUGAAAGAUAUACGCAAACAAAAACAGUAAUAUUUUUCAAAUAAAUAUUUAAAUACUGAUAAAUCAAACUCACACUUCAGUCUGCAAGUCUACAUUCCAGUGAUGUAAUUUCAAAUAGUAUAAAAUACUAUUCAUGUUCUUUCCAGGAUAAGUUAUAAAGGUUAUUUUUUUCACGGUCUCUUAACUGACAUGUAUGACAGACUCUAGGAAGGUAUGUGUCUUCUUCAGGAGACACAAGAAAGUAUCAGUGUUUAAAGAAGGAAAAAUAACUCUGCACUACAGGGCUGAAUGAGUUCCUUAAGGACUUUACAAAACUAAACUUUACACAGCUUGUCAUGCCUGUGGCUGAGAGGAAAUGAUGUCAUGAGGAAAUUGCUCGCCCCGCUUCCCUGACAGCUCAAUCAGCAAUGACUCAACACGUUAUUGUGCCUGACAUCACCUUGCGUCUGAACACAAAAGCGUGUCCAAAAAUUCAAUGCUCCUCCCAUGCCAACACAUCACUGAGAGUGUGCUUGUCACUUUGCGAAGCAUUGCUUCUGUGUCAAACAGCUUCACACAUGCUGAGACGGAGCAUUGAAAGUUUGAAAACCUUUCAUAUGAAAAUAUUUACACAUGCACAUUGAUGUGCUCUGUGCAAAUUGCAUUUGCAUUCCCUGUUCCGUGCGGUCACAUUUGUUUAGACAUAAAUCAAUCAAAAUAUGAUUUGUUGAGUAUGUAAACAAUUUGCAUACUCUUUCAGAUGGGAUGGAGAUGCAACAUCUCUUUCUCUGGUUUAUUUUCUUGCUGCCCAUUUGCAGGAGGCUGUGAGAGAGUGUGGUCUCGCUGUGACGCUAGAAGCAGCCUAUGAAUAUUUACACAGUCCCUGCAGGACCCCAAAGGCACACAGGUAAAAUAAAAAAAGCAGUGAAAGUUCAGAAAGGUCAUGCAAACUCCAUGGGAUUUCUUUCCUAACACUUUCCAUGGCCGAGUCAUAGCGGCUCAAUGAUUCCAUUAUAUCCUCGGACUUUUGGAAAACAAACUUUGUCAGGACCCCGUUCAUUAGCACCUUCUACUCUGUUUGAACCCGGCUGCUCGCUGGGGCCUCAAAGGGAAUCCCUUUUUCCGAAAUCAGACGCACUGUACACAAAGCCCUCAUCUGGGGCUUUCCACUGCAAACUGCUCGGGACCAGAAUAAGAUCUCCACGGUGCAGUAAAAAAGUCUGGAGGAAAGAGCCUGGAGACUCAACAGUGUUUGAAGGUAAAGAAAACAGAGUCACUGUUUGUGCAGUUCAAGAGUCAAAGGCGAGGCUCAUGGCUGUGGUGACUCACUGCUACAGCACAUUGAUCAACUCAGCACAGAACUCAUAAUUUUGUCUUCUGUUUCUCAGCUUCAGUUUUUAGUUGUAGUAGUCUUUCUAUGAGCUCCAUGUAGACUUGGUGCUGUUUUCUCAAACCUGUAUUUGUAACACACAAAAAUGAACUGCUAUAACUACAUGCACCUAAACUUCUAUAAGUUAUAGAAAUAUAUCAGACUUAAACCGCUGUUUACUGUUAAACUUGUUUAAUGAUUUAAAAAAUGAACAUUUUUUCCAUUUCUUAACUUUUCAAUUAACAAGUUUUGUGGAAUUAUUUGCAUCAUUGUUCACCAGGCACUAUGCAAACAAGGAG